AUGGCAACAAAUCAAUCGCCAUCACAAUCAACGGGAACAUUUACAAUCCACUAUUUCGCCACGGCGUCCCAAUUCACAACCAAGAACACAGAAACUCUACCCGCCCCGCUGCCACUGCCACAACUCUUCCCCCUACUAGAAGACCGAUACCCUGGUAUCAGCAAGAAAAUUCUCGUCGGCUGUGGAGUCAGUUUGGAGGGCGAGUAUGUUGAUGUUGAGGAGGAUGAGAAGAUCAUUACGGCUGGAGCGGAGGUUGCGAUUAUCCCCCCUGUAAGUUCAGGGUAG